GGUCAAUGCAUACCCAACUCACCACCAUCUCCUCCUUUAACUCAGAAACAGAAAGAACUUUAUCAAACACUUUCAAAUAUUUCAAACACCAAAGAUUUUAGUUUCUUGCACAAUAUUUUCUUUGCUCUCCGGAUUCAACUCUUGACUUUUGAGUGUAUGAACCAGACAGACUGAGACGAAGAUUAUGUAAUCUCAUUCAUUCUUUAAUUUACAGAUAUAAUAUGGCUGAUUCUGGAAAUGAAAUUACACUGGACUUGGUGAGACAGUCUUUGGAAAGGCAAGAGGAUACAAUUGUGUUUUGUUUGAUUGAGAGAUCAAGAUUUCUCACUAAUUCUCCACUUUAUAAUCAAUCUUUGAACUUGGUUCCUGGUUUUUCUGGUUCUUUGGUCAGUUUUAUUGUUAAAGAAACAGAAGCUAUUCAUUCCAAGGCAAGAAGAUAUGAGAAUCCAGAAGAAAACCCCUUCUUUCCAGAAAAUUUACCACAUUCAGUAGUGCCUCCUCAUGAUUAUCCUAAGUUUUUGCAUCAUCCAGGUGCCUCCAUUAAUAUAAAUAAGCAAAUAUGGGAUAUGUAUUUCAACCAACUUCUCCCAUUGUUUGUCGACAAGGGUGAUGACGGUAACUACGCUUUGACCGCGUCUAACGAUCUUACCUGUUUACAGGCCCUUUCUAGAAGAAUCCAUUAUGGAAAAUUUGUGGCUGAAGUUAAAUUUAGGGAAGCUCCUCAUGAAUAUGAACCUGCAAUCCGUGCUAAGGACAAAGAUGCUCUAAUGAACAUGCUGACCUUUAAGAGUGUAGAAGAGACAGUGAAGAAGAGAGUUGAAAAGAAGGCAAUGGUAUUCGGACAAGAUGUAACUCUUGGAAACAAUACCAUAGCUGAGAAAUAUAAGGUUGAUCCUUCUGUUCUUUCUCAUCUCUAUGAUCAAUGGGUAAUGCCACUCACCAAGCUUGUUCAAGUUGAGUACCUUCUUCGCCGGCUCGAUCCCGAAGAUGCCCGUUCUUGAUAAUUAAUUCUUUUGAUUAUUUGCAGAACAUAAGAUUUAGAAUAAAAUUCGCAUGAUGCCUUCUUUUAUCUUCAUACAGAAAUUUAUAACCAUUUUUUGGUCCA